UGCCGCCCCCCCCCCCCCGGCCGCGCUCAUUGGCCGCUCCUGGGCCACCCCCGGGCCCGGGGCGGGCAGGGUCUCCGCCUGCGGGAAGUUUUCUGCGCCGGGAGGAAGUUAGACUUGAGGGGGUUGUGAGAAAGCGGCUCCUGUGGCUGCCGGGCUCUGGGCGGCCAUGGAGGAGCCCCCUUUGCGAGAAGAGGAGGAGGAGGAGGAAGAAGAGGAGGAAGGAGACGAGGCUGGGCCCGAGGGGGCUUUGGGCAAGAGCCCCUUCCAGCUGACCGCCGAGGACGUGUAUGACAUCUCCUACGUGAUGGGCCGCGAGCUGAUGGCCCUGGGCAGCGACCCCCGGGUGACACAGCUGCAGUUCAAGAUCGUCCGCGUCCUGGAGAUGCUGGAGACGCUGGUGAAUGAGGGCAACCUGACGGUGGAGGAGCUGAGAAUGGAGAGGGACAGCCUCAAGAAGGAGGUGGAGGGGCUGCGGACCGAGGGCCCGGCGGCCGGCGGGGAGGUAAACCUGGGACCAGACAAAAUGGUGGUUGACCUGACAGACCCCAACCGGCCACGCUUCACUCUACAGGAGCUAAGGGAUGUGCUCCAGGAGCGCAACAAACUCAAGUCCCAGCUGCUGCUGGUGCAGGAGGAGCUGCAGUGCUAUAAGAGUGGUCUGCUUCCACCAAGAGAAGGCUCAGGAGGACGAAGAGAAAACGAUGCCCGUGUCGCCAGGCCCGGCAAUGCCAGAAGUAACAAGGAAGAGAAGACCAUCAUAAGGAAGUUGUUCUUUUUCCGAUCCGGGAAGUAGACACAGGCCUAAGGCCACAACGAAGGCAGUGGAAUUUGGACUCAAGAAGGCAAAACGCCACGACUUCCAAACGCAUCUCUCCGCGCCACGUGUGUGCACUGUCCUUGCUCAUUUGUUUCCCCUGAAAGCCACCGAGGAGGAAGGAGGGGAGGCUCUCGUGAUCAUUAUCUGUGUGGCCGCAGAGCUGGACACCCCCGGAGGCUCGGCCAGGGCAAGACAGGAGAAGGAAAGCGAAAGGGAAACAAGACCUACUUCCUGCUCCACUUGGGCCUCCCAGAGGGCCCUCCAGCGUGCAGAUGCGCCUUCCAUUUGUCUGGUCCCACAGGUGACCUGGUCUCUCCCACGUAGUAGCAGCAAAAAUACAUGAGCCCACAGGGCGAGGGGAGGAGAAAACGCAGGGAAAAAAAUGUUUAUUGACAUUCCAUUCCAGUGAUGAUCUCACGGAUAUGUAGGGAAUAUUCUAUUUCGCUUCACGAGACUUUAUAUGAUUUUACAUGGUUUUGUAUCAAAGUAAAAUGACUUUUAUACUUUC